ACACGAAAUAUAAAUCGAACAAAUGUAAACAAUUGCGGCAAAUUUUACCAGAACUAGUAAAAGAAAAACAUUUACUCGCACGUGAUAACCGAACAAAACCGUGAUCAGGGCUGGUGCACAUCAAAAAACAAUGUUCUUCAACCGGUUGUCACGAAUCGUGCUGGCGGGAAGUAAAUUUUCCAACGCGAUAAGAUGUUACCGGUCUUGUGCAAUCCCUUCCCCGAGAAAUCUUUGCCAUGCGGCCAACUUGAACGGACCACUUUUUCAAAUAUCUGACGAUAGGAUACAGAAGUAUUUGGAACGGUUGCGCCUGGAAUACUACGCCCUGAAGGUUCAGGAACAACGCACGAGGAAAGACAUUCAACGAAUGUUGCUACUGUCCAACGUGGUGGAAAUGUACGAACAGCGCAAGAUAAUCGUUGACAAUUUAAGCUCCCUCAAGGAGCUGAAGGAUGAUAAGGAUGAUGAGAUGGUACAGUUAUUGAAGGAAGAACGUGAAGCGUACGGAAGUAUACUGCUCCGAUUGGACAACGAAAUUCUGAACAGCAUUCUGUCCAUAGACGAUGAGGAAGAUUACGGUUCGCUCAUAAUGGAGGUGACGGCGGGCGUCGGUGGACAGGAAGCGAUGCUUUUUGCCCGCGAGCUGUUUGACAUGUACUGCGGGUACGUGGAAUAUAAGGGCUGGGAGGUGGAAAUGCUCCAGUCGGAGGACACGGACAUUGGAGGAACGAGACAUGCGACCACGAUCAUCAACGGUCCAGAUGCGUACCGCUGUCUCAAGCAUGAAGGAGGCGUUCAUCGUGUGCAGCGUAUUCCGGCCACGGAAAAGUCCGGUCGCAUACAUACUAGCACCGUCACGGUGUCCAUCAUCCCUCGGCCCGAUGACUUUCAGGUGGAUUUAAAGGAGAAGGACCUAAAGAUCGAAACGAAGCGUGCUAGCGGAGCGGGAGGACAGCACGUUAACACGACGGACAGUGCGGUACGGAUCGUUCACAUACCGACGGGCAUUGCCGUCGAAUGUCAAACGGAACGAUCGCAGCAGAAAAAUCGUGAAAUAGCAAAGCAGAAGCUGAUCGCAAAACUUACGCAGAUAGAACUGGAAGCGAGAUUUAGCAGUACGCAAGCGCUCAAGAAGUCACAAGUCGGGCAAAGUCUACGCAACGAGAAGAUUCGAACUUACAACUACAACCAAGAUCGCAUUACGGACCACCGAAUAGAAGGAGGAACCGCACAUAAUCUGAAGGGAUUUCUGGAGGGUGGUGAACAGUUAGAUGACAUGAUUGAAAAGUUACGACGCUCGCAGCGCCGAAAGCAACUGAUGGACAUCAUCAAUCGAGAGUGUGAACAGUGAAACUGAGUCAGCUGCCAUUAACACUUAGUCGCCUUGUUGAAGUAGAACCUGAAUAAUAACACACGGCACGUGUAAUUG